AUGAAUGUGUGUAACUAGGUCAUAUAUACGUCCCUGGAAGACCUUUCAGAGUCCUGCCAUAGCAAUAUUGUUAUCAAUUUGUUACCUACGUUUAAACAACAAUAACUCUACAAUCCGACAUUAUACAUAUAACAAAAAAAGAACACAAAAGUCCUUGAAAUUACUAAUCUGGAACGCAGCGUAGCACUUUUGUACAACUGCAAACAUUAUGUUUGUCUACAAUUUCAUUUGUCCAAUACUAAAAGAACUACAGUUGGUCAUGUAAGCCUCCACAUUUGCCCGGGAAAGGUUCAGAAGCGGGGGGCAGGGCGGUUCUGUUGUAAAAUGGUUAAGCCCCUAGUACUGUAUGGGGAAGUCAGUGGCGCGCGACCCCGCGGGAGCGAUAGAUGGCGCGGGGAUGGCAUGGCGUCCCAGAGUAAUAAAUUGCGUUAUUAACGCGAGUGACGUGCAGCAAGGUGCAUAUGCACCUUGCAAUUUAAUAGCUCCGUGACCAAUGUGAGCGACCUCCAUGUCGAAACAAACGCCAUUGCUCGUCACAACCAUGGUUUUCGCAUUCUUCGCUUUGUUCUUACUUGGUAUUUUAAUUGCCAAACCUACACCAUGCGCCGCAGAGUCAGAAUGUGCUGACGGCAAGGUUUGUCCGACGCCGUGGGUAUGUUGUGACUCUGGAUGCUGUGCGCCCGUCAGCUCGCCUUCUCGCAGUGAUCCUGAUGAGCCGCUCAAGGAGCAUGGAUACUCCGACCCCUGGUACACCCAGUGGCCGAUUCUGUUCCUGCUUGGCACGUUGGGCGGAAUCCUGAUCUGCUGCAUGUGGUGCCUGUUCUGCAAACGGUCCAGCUCCCAGCGCGUGUAUAUGUGUUCCCUGGCCUGUUGCGUCCGCCGCCCUACAUCCAACCAUGACUCCGCCGGCUCCGUCUACCCGCCUCCGCGCUACAGCCGAUGUGGUUCCUUCCAUCAAGCACCACCACCGUAUUCUGAAGUUACUUCUAAACCGGAUUUAUACCCGCUUGUUAUCACGUAUAAUGCGGAAGGUGAUGCCAAGACAGGUGGUAGCUACCUCAUGGUACACUAUUUUAGAAACUAUGUCAUUGCACCUGGCUCAUUAUCAGCGACAAGCACUGCCGAGUCGCUUAACUCCAGUUUCAUAUGCAAUGCAUCAAAUGAGGCAAAUUCAAUCAUACCACCGCCUUACUCGUGUGCGAGCAACUACGAAGACACAGUCGGAAGGGGCUGCGGGCGGUCGCUUCUCCGCUCGUUGUCCUCGCUAACGGAGCCGCGCCCCCCGGCCGCCGCCCCCCGCGCCCGCACCGCUCCUGAUAUCGCCCCCAUCGCACCCUCCACCCACCGUACAAGAGAUUCAGCCACCACCUUCAGGGAGAAUCUGAUGACGUCGCCUGUACAACCACUGGAUACUUCUUUUGACUUGGAGUUAGAACUGAUCGACUGCGAGAUGUAUUGUGAUGGUGGUUGUAAGCCGCGCCUCGGCCAAUCACCACCGACGCAUCGGCCUCCUUCCAACGUUGACGACGAUACCGUUUACGACCCUGAAGCAUUCGGCUUACGGCAUUUAUUCACUUGUCCCUCACCUGAAGGCGCAGGCACCUGCGAAUCUCCUCCACAACCGACCAGUCCUACACAGACAUCUACGGAGUCGACGCUUCGCAGACCAAGUGACGAGCGGCGGCAUCGGCGUCGUGAUAAUGUAAAAAAAUCUUCCAAGGGAAGAAAAUCGAGCUUAUACAUGCCUCUGGUUACACAUCCUGUCCGAAAUACUCGGAUAUCCCCUGGGGCGCGUACAUCCUCCCGGUCUGCGCCUGCUACUCCUUGCAGUAAUCUAGUCCCGAAUCUUCUCAAUUUCACACAAAGGGUGUCAGCAUCGAGACACAGCUCAAGGUCAUCAAGAUUGGAGGAGGAGAGCAAUCCUUUGAUAUCGGAAGCUGAAUAUUCUCAUACAGACCACAAAUUUUAACAAGUUUAAGAAGACAUGUUUGUCGAAUUACUUUUCUCUCUUUCUAUCUCUCAGUGUAUCAACAAAUGGUUACAGUAUAUUGAUGUAAUAGAAUAGAUUGGUGUUUAUUGAUGUGAACUGUGAAUUUCCCGAUUUAUCGGCCUAAUUCAUAAACCCACGCCAUUAUAAACCCUUAUAACAGAAUAUGGUCUAAGGUUUAUGGUGAUGAGAAUCUGAAUGUUGUGACUGUUUAAUCUGGCUCAUUAUAUAAUAGCGAGCAACCCUAGUCAUUUAAGUAGUUAGUUUAAUGUUAUUCAAAUAUUUUACUGUAUUUAACUAUAAGAUACGAGCUUGUUGGACCAUUGUUCA